AUGGGCGUUUUCACUUACGAAUCUGAGGUUGUUAUUGCAAUCUCACCAGCCAAGAUGUUUAAGGCUUGUAUCAUUGAUGGUGACAAGCUCAUUCCCAAGAUUGUUCCUCAGGCUUUUAAGAGCGUUGAGUACAUUGAAGGCAAUGGUGAGCCCGGCAGCAUCAAGAAAGUUACUUUUGGAGAAGGAAGUCAAUUCAAUUACGUGAAGCAGAAGGUAGAAGCACUAGACAAAGAAAAUUUUGCGUAUAGUUAUAGUGUGAUCGAAGGCGACGCUUUGAUGAACACACUUGAGAAAAUCGCUUAUCAGACAAAGUUAGAGGCCUCUGCGGCUGGGGGAUCGAUAUGUAAGACUAUUAGUAAGUAUUAUACCAUAGGUGACUUUGAGCUCAAGGAGGAGGAAAUCAAGGCAGGCAAAGAAAAGGCUUUGGGAAUGUUCAGGGCUGUUGAAGCCUACCUCCUAUCAAAUCCUGAUGCCUACUAA